UCAACGGUCACACUGUAAGUCUAACGCAGAUAUAAAUAUUCGCACACGAUUUUAAUUCCAUUGAAAGAACAUGGCUCAAGAAAAUCAAGCUGUCGACAAUGUACUGCCCUGCAACGCUUACCUGGACACAAGCCUGCAGAAGGACGAUAACGUGCAACGCAUCCUGAAAACCUUCUACAGCAGCAUCGAAACCCUGGAAGCCGAAACGGAGAAGGCAAUGGCGCUACAGGCCGCACGCACAUUGAACACAAAUGAACAAAUUAAAUUGGAUAGUUACCUGGUAUACUUGAACAGCACACUGUUUUUCAUAUACCAGAAACUGCAGGGUGUAGAUGUCUCAAAUCAUGCUGUGAUGCACGAUUUGCGUCGUACAAGGGACCUACUUGCCCGCGAUAAGGAAAUAAACGAAGCUCUGGCGGCGCCAAGACUGGAUAUGCCCGCUGCCAAGCGAUUUAUCGCAGCUGGAACCCACACACGAUUUGUGGACAUGAACGGAGUUAUGGUCACCGAAAAACAAUAUAAUAAAAGCAAGGAAGAAGCUCCUAAAUAAUUUA